CGCUGGUACGUGUGUCACGGUGGGCGUGGCCUUUGCGUCGGUGUUCUCGAACAAACAGCGGAAGCGGCGGAGUGUCACCGAACAGCGCUCGCGCAUUAAACAUCUAUAAUACAACGAGAACCAUGAAGAUCUGGACGUCAGAACACGUUUUCAACCAUCCGUGGGAAACCGUGACCAAAGCUGCCAUGCAGAAGUACCCGAACCCCAUGAACCCCAGCGUGUUUGGCGUGGACGUGUUGGACCGUAACGUGGACCAGCAGGGACGGCUUCACAGCAAACGUCUUCUCAGCACUGAAUGGGGUCUGCCGUCCAUCGUGCGAUCGAUCAUGGGAAACACUAGGUCAUGUACGUACAUCCAGGAGCACUCCGUAGUCGAUCCCAAAGAGAAAAGCUUUGAGCUGCAGUCCACUAAUAUCAGCUUCACUAACAUCGUGUCAGUGGACGAGCGGCUAGUUUACCGACCGCACCCAGACGACCCGGAGAAGACCAUGCUCACGCAGGAAGCCAUCAUCUCUGUGAAGGGCGUCAGUCUCAGCAGCUAUCUGGAGGGACUCAUGGCCUCCACCAUCUCCAACAACGCAGGAAAGGGUCGUGAGGCGAUGGAGUGGGUGAUCAGGCGUCUGAACACAGAGAUCGAGGAGCUGGCCAUCACAGCUAGAGGAACCCUGAGGACACCGAUGGCUGCCGCCGCCGUCACCGAGAACUGACCGCUCCUGUCUUCCUCUCUGUCGCCGCUCUUCUCUACACAUCCUUCUCCAAUGGUGGAACUUCAUUCCCGGCGUCCUGAGCAUCUACAUUAGAAGCUGACGGGACGUCCUGCGGCGGAGAGAUGGUCUCGAUCGCUGGUGACACACAACACGAAGAAGCGGAAGAGGAGCGCUCAUUCACAACAAACCCUCAAACACAGUUUUAAUGAAUCAGUGUAAUGGGACAGACCCAUGCUCUCUGAUGAAAUGAUGGAAGAGGAACGUAUGCCAAACCAAUCAGCUCUGUUACACGGGACUCUGAGGACACAGCUGUUUAACACACUUGAAAACUGUUAGGAAUAUUAUAACUUAUCUUUAUUAUUAUUAUUAUACUAGUAACACUUAAUACAAGCGGCAAGGAAGGGAACAAACAUAUCCAGAGUAGAUUUGGAGGACCAUCGCAGAUGAAACGCUGAGCACUGAAGAGAUGUCACAUGACCAGCAUCAUCAGGAAUGUUUCUUAUAAUGUUUAUAUAUUCAGUAGUGAACCACAGGGAUCCAGACGUGAGGGGAAAUGUGUGUUUGAGGAGGAUGAAAUACAUUCUAUUUAUUUAUUUAUAUUUUGUAGUUUUAUGUUAUUUCAUGCGUCCACAAAUCACAGCUUCAGCAUCUUCAUCAUCAGCGCUUGGAAACACUCGUCUGUGUUUGGUAAAUGUGAUGGUGGAGAUGCUUCAGCACAGAAACCUGUUUCUCCUUCUCAGAAGAUCUGUGUGUUUGGUUUACUUGAGCUGGAAUAAAUACAACGACUGCAUUUAAACAACUUAUUUAUACUGAAAGUAUGUUUGUUACUGGCAUAUUUAGUAUUAUAUCAAAUAAAGCAGCUUGGUGCAAAAGUUGACAUAAUUUAGGAAUGUCUGAAGUGUUUUAGAGUUGGCCGGUACUGAUCUCUCUUCUUCAUUUGUUCUCCGAACACAGACAAAACUGUUUACAGAUGUUGAAAUGAAGAAUCAUACGAAUUCAUACAUGCUGCUUUGUUUAUAAUGGUUCCUAAAUAGGGUCGUAUUUACUUGCUUUAAAGACGCUUUGCCAAUUUUGAGAUAAAUAACGAGAUGUCUUGUUAAGAAAGUAAAAUAAAUAUUAGUUGUGAACUUCAAUAAACAGAGCCUCUAACACAAGC